UGCUUGAGUUUAGUUUCCAUCGGCGCACUGACUUCGCAAGAAUGGCCGGCGACACGACGCCCGGCGCUCCGUACCAGGCAGCGACCGCUUCGCCGAAAGCUGCGCCACCAGCCAGCGACUUUCGCCACGUGCUUUUGAACCCACGCGGUGCUGAGGCCCAAGGGCCUUUCUGCUCGAACGUCGUCAUUACGUCCAAGUACACGGCAUGGUCCUUCCUGCCCAAGUUCCUCUAUGAGAGCUUCAAGAAGCUUGCCAACGCGUAUUUCCUCGUCGUGUCCGUGCUCCAGUGCGUGCCGGCGAUCACCAACACUGCUGGGUUGCCGUCGUCGCUGCCCGUACUCCUGUUCAUCCUCGCCGUGGAUGGCGUGCUUGCGAUCAUCGAAGACCGUCGGCGCCACCUUGCCGACGAGGAAGCCAACUCGGCCAAGUGUCAAGUCGUGGCGGCGAAUGGCAGCCUCGAGGCAAUCUUGUGGGCCAACCUUACAGUUGGCUCCAUUGUCAAGCUUGGAAAUCGCGACACGGCGCCAGCCGAUCUCUUGAUCCCCGCUGUGCACGAAAAUGACCCCGACAACAAGGGCGGCAUCUGCUACGUCGAAACCAAGUCGCUCGACGGCGAGACGAACCUUAAGCUCCGACAGGCGCUUGAAACGACGCUCGAAGCUCAAACCGAGGCUGAGAUACUUGGACUGCACGGCCAUGUCGAGUGCGAGCAACCCAACAAAGCUAUCAGCCGCUUCUCGGGCACUGUCCUUCUCCGCAACACGGAGUGGAUGUAUGGCCUCGUGCUCAACACUGGUCCGGACACGAAGAUCAUGCAGAGCGCGUCCAAGCCCGUGGCCAAGUGGAGCUCGAUCAACGACCAAGUCAACGUCAUGAUCCAGUGGCUGCUGCUCAUGCUUCUCCUUGUCUGCGCUAUCGCUGCAUCGACGCAGUAUGCCUGGGAGCAAUCGUUCAACCAAUAUGCGUGCCAUGCCGACGACAACUCGUGCUACCUUGACACGAACAAAUACGCGGGCUUCAGUCGCUGGUAUUAUGAUUAUACGAACGCGACCAAUACUCACACUCGCAUUAGGAUCGUGGCGUGCGGUGGCUACUUCCUCCUCAUGUAUCAAAUGAUUCCCGUUUCGCUUUACGUGACCAUCUCGACCGUCAUGUUUCUGCAAGCGAUCUUUAUGGCGUGGGACAUGGACGUCUACUAUGCAGCUCUCGACGUGCGCAUGAUUGUUCGAACCAUGGGCCUCAACGAAGAGCUCGGCCAGAUCUCGUACAUCUUCUCGGACAAGACGGGCACCCUCACGUGCAACGUCAUGGAGUUUCGCAAGUGCUCGAUCAACGGCGUCUCGUACGGUCUUGGCACGACCGAGAUUGGUCGUGCUGCUCUCAAGCGCAAAGGCGUUCCGGUCGCGGAGCCCUCGUCCGUCGUCAAGCCCGGGACUCAGAUUCCGUACGUGAAUUUCGAAGAUCCGCGCCUCCACAACAAGCUCAACACAAUCCCGCUCAACGACAACGUCGAGUUAUCCAAGGAGGCCGACUUUUUCCUGCAUCUGGCGAUCUGCCACACGGUGAUCCCGGAAGAAUAUACGGACAAGCACGGCCAAGUCGGACUUCGAUACUCUGCGUCGUCGCCUGAUGAACAAGCGCUCGUCUCGGCGGCCAAAUUUUUCGGCUUCUCCUUCGAGUCCCGUGGGCUUGGUGUCGCCCGCAUCCGCAUCACAAACAAGGCGCUUCUUCACGCCAAGGGCGAGAGCGAGCUCUGGGAGUACCAGGUCUGCGACGUGCUCGAGUUCAAUAGCGAGCGCAAGCGCAUGAGCUGCGUUGUGAAGGACCCACGAGGCGAGUAUCUGCUCUUGACCAAGGGUGCCGACAAUGUCAUCGCGCCGCUCCUCUCGUCAAGCCUGAACGACCCGGACAUGAUCGCAGCCACAUUUAGCCAGCUCGAAGCGUUUGCCGACGACGGUCUCCGGACGCUCACGAUUGCAAAGAAGACGAUCAGCCGCGAAGAGUACAUGCAGUGGUCCCAACGCUACCGCGCGGCGUGCGCAUCGCUCGACGAGAUCGAAAAGCGAAAGCGCGGUGACGCCAACGACAUCGACCGGCUCAUGACGGCGAUCGAGCAGAACCUCGUUCUCCUGGGUGCGACAGCAAUUGAAGACAAGCUCCAGGAUAACGUGCCCCGUGCGAUCGCACGCCUCAUGGAGGCCGGCAUGAAAGUGUGGGUGCUCACGGGCGACAAGCAAGAAACUGCCAUCAACAUCGCGUACGCGUGCCAGCUCAUGGACAACGACAUGGAGCAGUACAUCUUCAACAUGGACGAGUACCCAGACUUGGAUGCGAUUGCGGUGCACCUACGCGAGUGCUGGGCGGCAGUCGAGUCGAAUCCGGGCGUCCGCCGGUCGCUCGUCAUUGAUGGCGACGCACUUGAGCUCGUCAUGCAAAAUAUCGACGCGUGCGUGGUGUUUCUCAAGGUGGCCAUGCGCUGCGACAGCGUCGUCUGCUGCCGCGUGUCCCCGUCGCAAAAGGCUGAAGUCGUCGCCCUAGUCCGCAGCAACAACCUCAAAGCGCGGACGCUCGCGAUCGGCGACGGCGCCAACGACGUGGCCAUGAUCCAGCGUGCACACAUCGGCGUCGGCAUCUGCGGCCAGGAAGGCAUGCAAGCUGUCAACUCGAGCGACUACGCGAUCGGCCAGUUCUACUUUUUGGAAAAGCUCCUGCUCCACCACGGCCGCCUCAACUACAUUCGCAUGUCCAAGCUCGUGGGGUACAUGUUUUACAAGAACAUUGUCAUGGUUCUCGCGCAGUACUACUACCUCUUUGCGACUGGCUCGUCCGGCCAGAAGGCCUACUCCGAGGUCGCGUUCCAGCUGUACAACCUCUGCUUCACGUCGCUUCCGAUCAUCGUGCUUGGCGUCUUUGAUUACGACGUUCCGUGGAGCGUUGGCGCGCAAUUCCCGGCCUUGUACCGCGUCGGCCUGAACGGCGAGCUUUUCAACACACGCGUCUUCUUUCAGUGGAUCUGUGCAGCCGUAUUUGAGUCGGCCGUCAUCUUUGUCUUCGCUAUCUACGGCUACAACCAGCUCGAGCACGUACGGAAUCCUGAUCUUUGCCUCGUCGUCUUUGUUUGCAACCUCAAGAUCAUCGCGAUGCAGUCGUCGUGGACGGUGUGGGGCGGCGUUCUCUGGUUUCUUGGUGUUCUCUCGUACAUCCCGGCGACCUUGUACAUUGAGUCUGUCUGGUACUGGCUCUCGCCCUCGGACUAUGGCACGACCCAAAACACUCUCAACGGCUCAACGUUCUGGCUCGUGAUUCCUGUCGCUUGCAUGAUGUGUCUCUUGCGCCACUUUUCUUGGAUGGCGUUCCAACGGUCGUUCUACCCAUUCUUGUGGCAAAUUGUCCAAGAAAAAUACGUGCUCGGUCUGAUGCCCAAGUCGACAGAGAGUCCAACGGAGCUCGAGUCUGGCGAUUACGAAGCCAUGAAUGACAAGAACAGCACGGUGGCGUCCUUGCCGCAGCGCCACCUGCAAGAUGACCAUGAUUACCUCAACCGGUUUUCGCGGAACAGCAGCAGCCUCAGCCGCCACAGCAUGUCGUCGUCCAAGUCAUUCUCGCGCCGCAGCAGCGGCUUUGCCUUUAGCCAAGACACCCAGUCGGCGAUGGCGGAAUCUGUCAUGACAACCAUUAACGUUGGCGGCUCCAAGGCGGCGGCGAUCCACGCGGCAGAAAGCCGGACGCGCUCGACCCGCAGCGACCAACGCAACACUGACUAUGCGCCGACCUCGAACAAGUCGGGCACCCAAGGGCUCUUUAUCUAG